ACACAACCACUGAAAUCCCUCUAAUAAAAAACUCCUAUGGUCAAAGAGCAGCUGUUUGUGAUGGGGGUGUUGAAUCUUUUUCUUAGAUUUUACACUAAUAGAGAAGACAAGAAAGGUGGUGUCUUUCCGCAAAGCCAAAGGCUCAAAACCCUAUUAAACUCUUUAAAAAGUGCUCUUUUGUUGAUUGGAAGGUCCAAUCUUUAAGGGUUGGUACUGAUGAAAUUAGGGUUGGUGGUGGGUGGGUGGAUGGUUGCAGUACUACUACUGACUACAUCUGAAACUUGGGCUGGUUAAGGCUGCCAAUGCCAUUUGUAGACUUUUGGGUGAUUUUUUUCUGAAAUACCCAGAAAGAUUGUGCUUCAUGUCGUGGGCUGGCCCAGAAGAUCUUCUCUUUUCCACUUCCCUUGCAAGCUAUCUUGAUAAAAAACUUCUUGUCUUGUUACGAGAUGGCCGAAAGCUCUUGGGUGUACUUCGUUCUUUUGAUCAAUUUGCAAAUGCUGUUCUUGAAGGUGCUUGUGAGCGAGCUAUUGUUGGGGAUAUCUACUGUGACAUUCCCCUAGGCCUAUAUGUUAUCCGCGGGGAGAAUGUUGUCUUACUUGGCGAACUGGAUUUGGAUAAGGAGGAGCUUCCUCCGCAUAUGACCCGUGUGCCUGAAGCAGAGAUAAAAAGGGCUCAGAAAGCUGAAAGGGAAGCUACAGAUUUGAAGGGCUCCAUGAGAAAGAGAAUGGAGUUCCUUGAUUUUGACUAAUGAUUAUCUUCAUCAAUGGAUCCUGCACUAUAUUGCGAGUUCAUUCUAUGUCUGCAAAGAAUAUUGCAGGUGACCAAGAAAUGGAAGAGGUGGGUGUAAAGAGACCCAUUUGCAAAGAAGAAAGCAAAGAGGAACAGCUAAUUCUUAGGACUUCAUUCAAAGAAGCCAGGAAAAGGCAAAGCCUGCGAGUUGAUAUUGUACUAUAUCCAUAGCUGGUUUCAUCAUUUAUAAUUUAGUGUUUUGUGAUUGUUUCAGUUGUAACAAGCUAAUGUUCAAUCUCACCCUCUCCCUUGAUGGUGGCUUUUGCUUAUCCUUCAAACAUAUACUACUGAGAUUUUGCUCAUUCAGUUGUUUGGUGCCUCAUUUUGUAAUGGCACAGUCCCUCUUAAUUCUUUAACAUGGAAAUUUCCUGCA